CCGGUGUACAUGUGGCCGGAGACCGUGUGCGAGGGAGCUCCAUAACUCUGGCCGGUAAAUCUACUAGCCGCCUGCGCCGCUGUUAUAUAUGAAGCGCAGCACAGCAUAUAAUAUAUAGCAGGCGAGAGUCUGCUACUAUAUACGAGCGAGGCAGCAAGGGGGAUGGGUGCAGCGGCUGCCAUGGCUGCAUCCUCUUCUGCUGCCCUGUCGUCAUCUCCUCCUGCCUCGGGCGGCGGCCGUCGUCGCCGCUCGCCGCUGCUUCGCUGGGUUGCCGUGCUCAUGCUCAUCGUCGCAACGAGCAGCGGUCUCUUCUGGUGUGCGGCUGCGGCGGCGGAGGGCCGGAAUGUGAUCACGCACAUCAAGGGGUUCGAAGGCCCGCUGCCCUUCCACCUCGAGACAGGGUACGUUGAGGUGGAUGAGGAGCACGGCGCGCGGCUCUUCUACUACUUCAUCGCGUCGGAGCGGAACCCGGCGGAGGACCCGCUCAUCCUCUGGAUCACCGGCGGCCCAGGAUGCUCGGCGCUCUCCGGCCUCCUCUUCGAGAUCGGCCCUCUCAAGUUCGAUGUGGCGGGGUACACGGAAGGGUUUCCGCGCCUGGUCUACUUCGAAGACUCAUGGACCAAGGUGAGCAACGUCAUCUUCCUGGACGCGCCGGUGGGCACGGGCUUCUCCUACUCCCGAGAGGAGGCCGGCCUCAACGUCAGCCUCACGGGGUCCGGCCGCCAGCACCACACCUUCCUCCGCAAGUGGCUGGCCGAGCACCCGGAGUUCGCGUCCAACCCGCUCUACAUCGGCGGCGACUCCUACUCCGGCUACACCGUGCCCGUCACGGCGCUGGACAUCGCCGCCACCACCAACACCGACGAGCCCAAGCUGAACCUGGUGGGCUACCUCGUCGGCAACGCGGCGACCGACGACCGGUACGACACCGGGGGCAAGGUGCCGUUCAUGCACGGCAUGGGGCUCAUCUCCGACGAGCUCUACGAGGCCGCCAGGGCCGGCUGCGGCGGCGACUUCUACCAGACGCCGGACCCGGCCAACGCGCGCUGCGCCAGCGCGAUGAUGGCCAUCAGCAUGGUGACCUUCGCCGUGAACCCCGUGCACAUCCUGGAGCCCUUCUGCGGCGCGGCGGUGCGCGGCGCCCCCGGCAGCAUCUUCCAGGGCUACGGCGCCGGCGGCGGGCGGCGGUCGAUGCUGGUGCGGGACGACGUCGGCCACCCGGGCUUCUUCGACGAGAGGAGGCUGGGCCUCCCCGUGGAGUGCCGGGACAACGGGUACCGGCUGUCCUACAUCUGGGCCGACGACCCGGAGGUGAGGGAGGCGCUGGGCAUCCACGAGGGCUCCAUCGGGGCCUGGAGCCGCUGCACCAUGCUGACGCACUUCAGGCACGACCUCACCACCGUCAUCCCCUACCACGUCAACCUCACCAAGGCAGGAUACAGGGCGCUCGUCUACAACGGCGACCAUGACAUGGACAUGACCUUCGUGGGCACCCAGGAGUGGAUCAGAUCGAUCGGCUACCCCAUCGUCAGCGACUGGAGGCCGUGGUUCGCCAACCGGCAGGUCGCAGGGUUCACAAGGACUUACGCCCACAACCUCACUUUCGCCACGGUUAAGGGAGGAGGGCACACAGCUCCGGAGUACAGGCCCAAGGAGUGCCAGGCCAUGCUGGAUCGAUGGACCUCAGCAGCAGGACAGCUCUGAUGAUCGAGCUGCCAUGCAUGGCACGGGGGGUCUUGGGAAUAAUCAACACAGUAUAUACAGUAGUGGGCGUCCUUAACUUCCAUCUCAUUGUCAAAGAUGUAAUAAGAUUAAAAACGGGCUUAAAUUCAUUGGGACACAGGCGCAGCAAUAGGAUCGGGGCAGCUUACAUUUAACUAUAGAGAUGAUGAGCUUAUUAUUAGCUCACUAUACUACUUGGAACCUUUUACAAAAAGGAGUAGUUCUAACCAAAGAUAAUCUAGCACGUCGACAAUGGAAGGGAAGUAUAAAGUGUUGUUUCUGUAAUUUCGAUGAAGCUAUUCAACAUCUUUUCUUCGAUUGUUAAUUGGCUAGAAUUAUUUGGAGGAUUGCACAUGUUUCUUUUAAUAUUACACCACCCAUGAAUAUUCUCCAUAUGUUUAAUGGAUGGUUAAUUGAGCUUAAUAAGAAGCUUAUGUACAAAAUUUUGGUUGGAGCUUCGGCUGUCUGUUGGGCAAUUUGGUUAAGUAGAAAUGACAUGGUUUUUAACAACUCCAAAGCUGCUACUCCUUUGCAGGUAAUAUUCCGAGGGACACACUGGAUCCGCUUUUGGGCUUUGCUGCAGAAGGAGAACGAGCGGCCUCAAGUUACUCUAGGGUGCCGUGUAAUGGAUGGUCUUUUAGUUAUAGAAUUUCCAAUGGAUAAUUUUGUGCUUGUUUCUCAAGCUAAGUCGUUUUUUUUGGUGUUCGGAAGAACUUCGAGUGUAAUAAUGAACAGCUAUAUGCAUAGUUUCAUGCUGCGGCUGAAAUAUUAAUAUAUUCCCGUUUCUAAAAA